UCCAGGCGCAACUCGACGUCGCCGCUCUUGGUCCUGUGCCCUCGUUCCUCCCCAGGGAACCGCCUCGGAUCUCCGCCAUGGCAUCCACCUCGACCAACCUCCAGAAAGCAAUAGAUCUUGCUAGCAAAGCAGCCCAGGAAGACAAGGCUGGGAACUAUGAGGAAGCCCUUCAACUCUAUCAACAUGCUGUCCAGUAUUUUCUCCACGUAGUUAAAUAUGAAGCACAGGGUGAUAAAGCCAAGCAAAGUAUCAGGGCAAAGUGUACAGAAUAUCUUGAUAGAGCAGAAAAACUAAAGGAAUACCUGAAAAAGAAAGAGAAAAAACCACAGAAGCCGGUGAAAGAAGGACAACCGAGUCCAGCUGAUGAGAAGGGGAAUGACAGUGAUGGGGAAGGAGAAUCAGAUGAUCCUGAAGCAAAGAAACUACAGAAUCAACUUCAAGGUGCCAUUAUUAUGGAGCGACCUAAUGUGAAAUGGAGCGAUGUUGCUGGUCUUGAAGGAGCCAAAGAAGCACUUAAGGAGGCUGUGAUAUUGCCUAUUAAAUUUCCUCAUCUUUUUACUGGCAAGAGAACACCUUGGAGGGGAAUCCUCUUAUUUGGGCCACCUGGAACAGGAAAGUCCUAUUUAGCCAAAGCCGUAGCCACAGAAGCAAACAACUCAACAUUCUUUUCAGUACAUUCCUCCCACCUUGUUUCCAAGUGGUUAGGUGAAAGUGAAAAGCUAGUUAAGAACUUAUUCCAACUUGCCAGAGAGAAUAAACCUUCCAUUAUCUUCAUUGAUGAAAUCGACUCUCUGUGUGGUUCAAGAAGUGAAAAUGAAAGCGAGGCUGCACGUAGAAUUAAGACGGAAUUCUUAGUUCAAAUGCAAGGUGUUGGUGUGGACAAUGAGGGGAUUUUGGUUCUGGGAGCUACAAAUAUACCCUGGGUUCUGGAUUCUGCCAUUAGGCGAAGAUUUGAGAAACGAAUUUAUAUUCCUCUGCCUGAGGCCCAUGCCCGAGCUGCAAUGUUUAAACUGCACUUGGGGACCACUCAGAACAGUCUAACAGAAACAGACUUCCGAGAGCUCGGGAAGAAAACCGAGGGUUACUCAGGGGCAGACAUAAGUGUCAUUGUGCGUGACGCACUUAUGCAGCCGAUUAGAAAAGUACAGUCAGCCACUCACUUUAAAAAGGUUCGAGGACCUUCCCGAGCUGAUCCUAACAACAUAGUGGAUGAUCUCUUAAUGCCCUGCUCUCCUGGGGACCCUGGUGCCAUUGAGAUGACGUGGGUGGACGUCCCUGGGGAUAAACUUUUGGAGCCAAUUGUUUCCAUGGGUGAUAUGUUACGAUCACUGUCUAGCACAAAGCCCACAGUCAAUGAACAUGACUUGCUGAAAUUAAAGAAGUUUUCUGAAGAUUUUGGCCAAGAAGGCUAAACCAAAGACAUGAGGAAGAUGUUUACCACGUGUGUUCUUUCUGUGGAGGAAUUUUUGCCUUUCUUGGAUGGCAUUCAGGUUAUUUCCAGUAAAACACUUUUACCACAGGGAAACAUAGAUCUCAUUUUGCGUUCCUCUACAUUUUAUAUGUAUUUUUGCUCUGUUACCAAUUAAAUGCUUUUAUUAACAAAAAUUAUAAAAUGAUGGGCUUUGAAGAAAUGAGUGUUACAUGAAUGGCAAAAAAAAAAAGAAAUUACCCAGUAAAAAGAGGAUUACAAUUGCUUGAGAUACAAAUUUUUAAAAUUGUUAUGAAUGGUGGUCUUUGUAAAAAAUUUAUCUUUCUUUUUUACUACAAUGAAAUAGGGCUUAUAUCAUAUUUUGUAAAAAUUCUUAAAACACCUUUUUCACAUUGUAAAUUUAUUUACUUUAUUAAAACUUAAAAAUGAUAGAAUCUUUACUCUCAGGGAUGGGUAAUAAAACAGCAGAGACUGAUUGGGCUUGAAAGAUUUUGAAUUGUGUUCUAGCCAAGGCUCAUUAAAUUUUUUUGAUAGGUUGACAUUUUUCUUUGUGUAGAUUUAAAUAAUUUCUUUUAAAUCUGCAAGCCUUUUUUAAAAAAUAUUUUUUUAUUGAUUUCAGAAAGAGGAAGGGAAAGGGUGAGAGAGAGAGGAAUAUCAAUGAUGAGAAUCAUCUAUUGGCUGCCUCCUGCACGCUGUCUACUGGGGAUUGAGCCCGCAACUUGGGCAUGUGCCCUGACUGGGAAUCAAACCAUGACCUCCAGGUUCAUGGGUCAAUGCUCCACCACUGAACCACACUGGUGGGGCAAGCAAACUUUUAUGUUUAAAUAAUACCUUUCACUGUGCAUUCUCAAGAGAAAGACUUUCUAAAUUAGGCAUUGUCUUUACCUUGAAGGAGAAAAUUCUCUUUUUCAAUUUUGUCUUUUUGUAGCAAGAUUGACCCAAACCAGUAGUAAAUAAAUAUGUCCUUUUAAAAUAAUUCUGCCAUAAAAUACUGUUAUGGGAACCAGUGCUAAAAGGAAUGGCCUUCAUUUGGCUUAUGGGAAGUGUGUGAUGUUGGUGUGCCUGUGUACAUACAUAUAUAUAAUUUUUUAAUAUAGGGUAGCAAGGAUCUUUUACCUUUUUUAAGUUCAGGGAACAUUGUGUCCUGGCUCCACAUAUGUUGUCAGUGUGUGAUGCUUCAUGAAGCUUUAUAAAUGAGCUGAUGUCUCAUUCAAUAAUAAAAUACAAACAUGAUACUAUGUUAUGUUAAUAUUUUCAAAUAAAAAAUCUGAGGGUGUGUAUUGCACACUUUAGCAUCAACACUAAGUUGUGCCUUGUACAUUUGCAUUAGCUAUACAUGCAAAGGAUUAUUAAGUUUAACUAAAAUGAGGUAGAUUCCUUUAUUACUAUAAAGCUCUACCUUGCAAAUACUAUGGAAUGACUUAUCUCUUAAAGUAUAUUUGCACAUUUACAUAUUAUGCUAAAUGGUUGCCUUAGGAUUUUCUGUACAGAUUGUUUUUGUUGAUAUUAAAUGGAAAUCAUAGGCCUGAAACAUGUUCUUAUGUGAAGUAAAUUGAUAUAACCUAG